GACGCGACUCUGUCUUCACACGGCUCUGGCGAGGAAAACGUGCCAGCCUCCUACGUAACCGCGGACACUCCGGUAGACACGGCCCUCCUCCUUUUUUUUUUUUUUAAAGUUCCUGGGGGAGAAGAGGAGAAGGAACCCGGACGUAUCGAAGGGUGAACGGGUGGGGGACUAAAGAAGACACAUUAUUCACCCCAGAAAGACGACCGUCAAACCGAAAACAAGGUGCAACACGGAAAUCCAAGGUCUUGACUGCCCGAGAACGUCAGAAAAUAAAGAAAAUGGCGGAGCCAGACAAAUUAAACAUCGACUCUAUCAUCCAGCGUCUGUUGGAAGUCAAGGGCUCUCGACCAGGGAAGAAUGUCCAGCUGACAGAGGGUGAGAUCCGUGGCCUUUGCCUAAAGUCCCGUGAAAUCUUCCUGAGCCAGCCGAUCCUGCUUGAGCUAGAGGCUCCCCUCAAGAUCUGUGGUGAUGUACAUGGUCAGUACUAUGAUCUGCUUCGGCUGUUUGAAUAUGGAGGCUUCCCCCCAGAAAGCAACUACCUGUUCCUGGGUGACUAUGUAGACCGAGGGAAGCAGUCGCUGGAGACCAUCUGCCUGCUUCUAGCGUACAAGAUCAAAUACCCAGAGAACUUUUUCCUGCUGCGUGGAAACCAUGAAUGCGCCUCCAUCAAUCGAAUCUACGGCUUUUAUGACGAGUGUAAGCGAAGGUAUAACAUAAAGCUGUGGAAGACCUUCACAGACUGCUUCAACUGUUUACCUGUGGCUGCCAUUGUGGAUGAGAAAAUCUUCUGCUGUCAUGGAGGCCUCUCUCCUGAUCUCCAGUCCAUGGAGCAGAUCCGCAGAGUUAUGCGACCCACAGACGUGCCUGACCAGGGUUUGUUGUGUGACCUGCUGUGGGCCGACCCAGACAAAGAUGUGCUGGGCUGGGGUGAAAACGACCGUGGCGUCUCCUUCACAUUCGGGGCGGAUGUGGUGGCCAAAUUUUUGCACAAACACGACAUGGACCUAAUAUGCAGGGCACAUCAGGUGGUAGAAGACGGUUAUGAGUUUUUCGCAAAGAGGCAACUCGUCACCUUAUUCUCUGCUCCCAACUACUGCGGAGAGUUUGACAACGCCGGUGCCAUGAUGAGUGUGGAUGAGACACUCAUGUGCUCCUUCCAGAUUCUGAAGCCAGCAGAUAAGAAAUUGUAUCCUUAUGGCGGAGGGGGAGGGAUGGGAUCUGGGAGACCGGUGACUCCACCACGAAAUUCGGCCAAGGCUGCCAAGGCCAAGAAAUAACAGCCGCUGGAUUCCCCUCCCACAACCUGCCUCCCCUCUGUUCGCAUCACUUUUUUUUUUUUUUCUUCCCUAAACCUUCCAAACUUGUUUCUCCCUCGUCAAGUGUUCGGGGUUCAAUCAUGUUUUUUCUUUCUUUAAAACGAUUUUAAACUGUUUGUUUGGCUGUUUGCGUGCACUUUUUUGUGUGAGUGUAAAAAAAGAAAAGUGGGAAUGAUUCAGUGGGAAUUGCUGUAUUCUGUAUGUAUGUUUUUUUUUCUUCCUCCUGCACCCUCUUUUCUGUUUUCCUGUCUUUUUGUAGAGAUGGGUUCGUGCCCAUCUGUGAUGUAACUUCAAUCCUGGGUGAAGGGGAGGAGGGGCAAGGGAGAGAGGAAGAGGAGUCUUAGCUGUUUAUGUUAAGGCUCUGCACUGUUUAAUGCUAAACACAAGCUUUUGUACAUCCUGUUUCAGAGGUCUGUUAUGUCUGUGAUGGGUGGGGAGGGAG